AUGACAUCUUCGGGCUCUUUGAGUGAAGCAUACGUGCUAGGCGUGGGCUUGACCCAAUUUCUCAAACCACGUCGCACCCGCGAAUAUCCCGAGCUAGGGUAUGAGGCCGGGGUCAAGGCAAUGAUCGAUGCUAAAAUCAAUUACGACGAUGUGCAGACCGGUAUUGGGUGCUAUUGCUAUGGCGACACAACAUCAUCUCAACGCAUCUUUUAUCAGUUUGGCAUGACCGGAAUUCCCAUUUACAAUACCAACAAUGCAUGUGCGACGGGGUCUACAGGCCUGCAUUUAGCACGCAGCAUGGUGCGAGGAGGUCUUGCGGAUUGUAUCCUGGUGAUUGGAUUCGAGCAAAUGCGACCAGGCUCGAUUAAAAGCGUGUGGGAUGACCGACCCAGCCCUUUGGGCCCAUCGACCACGAUGAUGGAAGAGACGUAUGGAAAACACGGUUCGCCGCGAAAUGCGCAAUACUUCGGGAAUGCAGGGCAGGAAUACAUGGAAAAAUAUGGCGCUGCAGCUGAGGACUUUGCAGAGAUAGCGCGCAUCUCCCAUGAACAUUCUCAGCGCAAUCCCUACGCGCAAUUCCGCACGAAAUAUUCAUUGGACGAGAUACUAAAUUCAACACCCGUCCAUGGCCCUCUCACAAAACUCCAGUGCUCUCCGACGAGUGACGGUGCCGGGGCUGCGGUGAUCGUGUCGCAGCGCUUCUUGGAUGCUCGCCCACACCUCAAAUCCCAGGCAAUCCACAUAGCGGGUCAGCAAUUACUUACCGAUGGCCCCGAGGUUUACUCUCGAAGUGCGAUUGAUUUGGUUGGAUUCAACAUGUCGCGCCAAGCAGCUCUCCUUGCAAUGAAGGAAGCUAAAGUCGAGGCCAAGGAUAUUAAAGUAUGCGAACUCCACGACUGCUUCUCGACAAACGAGCUUCUACUCCUAGAUGCACUGGGCUUUUCGGAGCCUGGAAAGGCCCACGAGAUGGUUCGCCGGGGUGACAUUACCUAUGGCGGACGCGGUCCGAUUAUAAAUCCUUCGGGAGGGCUGAUCUCCAAGGGACAUCCCCUCGGGGCAACAGGUCUAGCGCAGUGUGCUGAGUUGACUUGGCAACUUCGUGGCUGGGCAAAUAAUCGCCUUGUUUCUGAUACGGGCGUUGCGUUGCAGCAUAAUUUGGGCUUGGGAGGGGCUGUUGUUGUUACUGUAUACAAGAGAGCAGAUGGCCAGACCAACCGAAAGUUAUCUGAUAGCGAGGUUCAACAGGCUUCCGACGUAGGAUACAAUCCUGCUGUUGAAGCCCGUUAUGUUACUCCCGAAGAUGGUGAGCGCGUGCGAAGCAAGACGAAACGCCAUGAUUAUGUCUUGCGAGAUACAGUGGGGAAGCUUCGAUCCCGGAUCUAA